AUGUCGGCCCGUACAACCACAGCCACAGCCACAACCACAACCACAACCACCACCACAACCACUCCUCGACCUCCUAGUACCACUCCAUUUCUUCGCUCGUUGUCAUCAAGGUCUUUACUGGUACCAUCCAAGGACAAACCUCGUUUAUACAUUGUCCUUUAUCCGAGGGGUGGCUCUUCACCAACCUCAUCAUUUCGCAAUAACCUGAAUUGUGAUGCCUAUCACUGGUCCAUAGUAGUAGGCCCACAGACUUCCGGCCGAAAGGACCAGGGGACGCGCUAUCAUGUUGCUCAUUUAGACCAGGAGUCUGAAAAGUAUAUCUAUGAGGACCAGGACAUCGCAUCUAAUCCCUCGCUGCAAAACGGCCUGAUCCGUGUGACGGUUGCCAAGGUUACAGACGAACCACGAUUGCAAUCCAUCAUCCGAGCAAUUCAGAUCCGAGAAGACGAUACCGCUUUCAACUGUCUGACUUGGGUGCGCGAAGUCUUCCUCAAACUUCACCAAGAUGACUGGAACGCCGUGGAGGCAUGCGCCAGGAAAUAUUGCAAGCGCAAAAGAGACAUUGGCCGCUGGCAAGAGGACAGGGUUCCUCGAGGCCUGUGGAACAUGGAGAAAAUCAGCACAUUCAAUUUCUGGGAGAAUCGAGAGACCACGGCCUGA